AUGCUCGAGGCUCAGGUUCAGCAAGCCAAUCUAUGGAAGCGACUCAUUGAGUGCAUAAACGGGCUCGUCAAUGAGGCAAACUUUGACUGUAACCCUGGUGGUCUCUCCAUUCAAGCCAUGGAUACCAGCCACGUUGCCCUCGUGCAUAUGCUCCUCCGUGAUGACUGUUUCACAAAGUACCAAUGCGAGCGUAACAGUGUUUUGGGACUCAACCUUGCUUCGUUGGCGAAGGUGCUAAAGAUUGUUGAGGCGACUGACAGCUUGACGAUGCGCCACGAAGACGACAGCGAUGUAGUCACGUUAACAUCUGAAAAUGUCGAAAAAUCUCGCAAGUGCGAGUACCAGCUAAAGCUACUGGAAAUUGAGGCGGAGGCGAUGGGCAUUCCUGAGAUGGACUACAGGUCAACCGUGACACUCAGCUCGCAGGAGUUCGCAAAGAUUGUUCGUGACAUGACUGUCUUUGGCGACACUGUCACCAUUGAGAUACGGAAGGAGGGUGUGAAGUUCAGUUCCGCUGGUGACGUGGGCGAAGGUUAUGCGUUCCUUCGCGCCGCUGCCGUGACGGACCGUCGCACGAAAGCUGAAAUGGAGGUGAAGGCGGAAGUGAAAGCAGAGGAGGACGACGACGCGCCUAUUAACCGCAGCGGUCACCCUUCGAAGGUAAAGGACGGGCAACCAGCGAUCGGCGUGGAGGUGCGAAUGGAUGAACCGGUCACGCUCUCCUUCGCCCUGCGCUUCAUGAACAUUUUCGCAAAGGGAGCCACCCUGAGCGACCGCGUGUCGCUCAAGUUCGCGAAGGACAGCCCGUGUAUGGUGGAGUACAGCAUUGACCAGGUGGGAUACCUGCGCUACUACCUUGCUCCCAAGGUGGACGAGGUGGAGUGA